AUGGCAUCGAGAGAACCGACCAUACGGCAGCACAGUCAAAACGUGGUGGUGAUCGAGGUCGAGGGCACACAGCGCAUCUCGGACCUGGAUGGGACCGAGCGAGCCCGGUUGUUCGACGCGAUCGCGCAUGCCGAGGAGCAGGUUGGCCAAAAGAGCGUCGUGCGCAUCGCGACGCUCGGUGAUCGCUUGCGCGUUGUUGUCGCGAGCGAGGCCACGCUCCCGAGGGCGACGUUUGGCGGAUGGUACUCUCCGCUCAUCGACCCCAUCGAACGAGCCUGUCGGAGCGCCACGACUAUCGACUUACUCGCGGCCUUUGUCAUGCAAAGCGGCGUGACACGCGCUUCGUCGAUGUUGCUCGCCGCGCUCGAGCGCGGCGCGCGCAUUCGGAUCCUGACCGGAGACUACCUCACGCGCACUCAACCCGGCGCCCUCGAUGCCCUGCUCGACAUCGCAUCGAGCAUCGGCGCAGACGAUGAAAACAGUCCUCGGGAUCCUGCCACGCGCGCCGGCGCGCUCGAGGUGCGGGUGGUCGAGAUGACCACGCUCGGAAACCUGCCAUCGUUUCACCCCAAGGCCUGGAUCAUUCACGGUGAGGGGGAAGCAAACGAGCGCGCCCACGCCUGGGUCGGCUCGUCGAACCUCUCUCAGGCCGCGCUCACCGCGGGCGUGGAGUGGAACCUGAGGCUCUCGCGUCACGAGGAUCCUACAGGUUUUGUCGCGAUCGCACACCAGUACGACGCGCUCUGGGAGCGCGCCGUUCGCGUCGAUCGCGCGUGGGUCACCGCCUACGCCAAACGCUAUGGCAAACCAGGACUCGGCAAGACCUAUCUCGCGGCCUUCGAUGUCGAGGCGAUGGAGCAAACCCUUGGCCGGGGAGCCAGGGUGUUGUUUGUCGCCCACCGCAUGGAGUUAUUGCGCCAGGCCGCGAAGACGUUUCGGCACAUCUUCCCUGGCAGGUCGACUGGCUUUAUCACGGGCUCGACCCAGGAGUUUGGCGCACAGCUGACCUUCGCGUCAGUGUAUUCGCUCACGCGCAGUGAUCGUCUCGAGGCCCUCGGUGAGAUCGAUUACAUGAUCAUCGACGAGGCUCACCACGCGAGGGCAAGCUCUUACAUCAACCUCCUCGAGAGCGUGACCGCGCGCUUUCUCCUCGGUCUCACCGCGACGCCCGAGCGAGGUGAUGGUCAGGAUAUCCUCUCGCUCUUUGGCGGCGAGGCCGUGUUCGAAGCCAGACUCGGCGAGGGUAUUUGUCAGGGUGUGCUCGUUCCCUUCGAGUAUUUUGGGAUAAAGGACACGAUCGAUUACGCGCCGAUUCCCUGGCGGUCUGGAAAGUUCCCGGACGAGGAGCUCGCCACCGCGCUCGCGACAAGGGCACGCAUGGAGCGCCUGAUGGAAGCGUGGGAGGAGCACGCCGGGACACGCACGCUCGUCUUCUGUUGCACGAUCGGGCACGCGGACUUUGUCUCGGGCUGGUUGAACGAUCAUGGCGUGCGCGCUGCCGCCGUGCACUCUGGGCCGGAGAGCGCCUCGCGGGAUGGCGCCAUCGCGCAGCUCUCCCAUGGCGAACUCGAUGCCCUGUGCACCGUCGACCUGUUCAAUGAGGGGAUCGAUAUCCCCACGCUCGAUCGCGUGGUGAUGCUCAGGCCCACCGGCUCACGCACUGUCUUUCUACAGCAGCUCGGGCGAGGACUUCGCACCUCGCCGGGGAAGGAGUCCCUGUGCGUGAUCGAUUUUGUGGGGAACCACAAGAUCUUCCAGGAGCGCUUGCUCCUGCUGACGGGCUGGCUCCGAGGGACGCCCGCGAGACUCUCCGAACUGCAUGACGCCGAGGCGCUGUCUGCGACCUUGCCAGCGGGGUGCUCGAUCGAUGUCGAGCUCGAAGCGAUCGAGCUCCUCGAGCAGCUUGUCCCCGAUGCGAGCGAGAGCGCGCUGCUCUCCGCGUAUCGAACCUGGCGCGAGAAGUCGGGAGCUAGGCCCACGGCCGUGGAGCUCGAGGAAAAAGGCGGGUCGCUCUCGCUCUCCCUCCUCCUGACAUUGCGUGCGCUCGUGGACAACCUGCCAGAAGAUGGUGAUGCCAUCGCUCGCGCGAGCAACCUCGACUCGGAACGCAUCGCGGAUGUGAUCGAUAAAAUCCCUGCGCUUCGCCGCAGCGCAGGCGGUGUCUCGUUUACGACCGUGGCGCGCGGCGAUCGUGUGGUGUGGAAGGCGAUGUCGUUGGAGCUGCUCGACUAUCUGAUGUGUAGGCGGCGCAGGCUCGACGGCGAGCUGUCCGGUGAGGCAUCAGGUUUUGUCGCGAGGGUGAUAAGAAACGGCGGUGGGAAGGCCAUCCUCAAGCUCCCCGAUCGCAAAACUGUCGAGGGCAUACCGCGCGGUGAGAUCGAUGUGGUGCUAGAUGAUGGGGAGGUUUGGGUCUUCAAGUUCGUCAAGAUCGCUGUGAACGUCGCGUACCCCAGGGGAGAGAGUAAGAACCAACUCGAUGCCUUGCUUCGCCGGUGGUUUGGCGAGGCGGCUGGUGCGCGUGGCACGACGCAUCGCGUACGCAUCUCCUGUGUGGAGGAUCACUGGACUGUUUCUCCGAUAGGAGUCUCACCUCGCGAGAGCAGCGAGACCACACCGUUCGAUCCGGGCGCGAUCUUUGGCACAGAGGAGCUCGCGUCGAUGCUCGGUAUUCGACUCGAUGCGAUCGACCCGAUCGUCGAGCAGCCCCUCGAUGAUGCUUAUUCGGUGGCGCUCGUGUCAGCCAAUGAUGCGCUCGUGAGGUAUGAUUUGCUGCGCGGGAUGCUCUCGACCGAGCGCGCGCAUAUCUUCUUCAAAUCUGAUGAGGGGGAGGACAGGUGGGUGUACCACGGCGAGGGAGCACGCGAUGGGGAGCGUGAAGCCUGGCGUAUCGCUGAUGUCGAUGUCGACACCUACAAGCGCUUCGGUGGGUCGAGGGCGAAGUCGCGCGACCUGCCAGCGCACGCGAAGCAAUGGGCGAAGGCGUUCACCGAAAAGCUGCAAGACACGCUCGGAGAGGAUGGCGUCGUGAACGCGCGCGGUAGGACAUGCCGGGUGGUGAGCGUGAGUGAUCGGGGGUCUGUAGAGAUCGAGGGUGUUGGCGAGGACGGCUUCAAACCGAGGAAGGUCAGCAACACGGACCUCGCCUGGGUGCUGCUCGCCAGGGACAAGAACACAUCACCCAUCCUCGAUGAGGCGACGGUGAACAGGGCUCGUUACCUGCCAGGGACGAAACCAUCCUCCAUGCGCUACAUCGACACCGGAACGAGGCAGUAUUUCAAGGUGUGCAGCGAGGAGAAUGGUGUGAAGACCGAUCAGGAGCUUGUCGAUGAGCUCGUAGAGAAGCGUGCGCAGCUCGCGCAACUCAAGGAGGAGAUCCAGGAGAUGACCACGACGCUCGCAGGCCUGAGCGCGGAGGUGAUCGCGCUCGAGAAAUCCGUCGGUUCGCGCCUCGCGGCGUUGGCCGCCUCGCUUGAGACGGGCCAACAAAGCAUGGAGCCUCGGCAGGAAGCGCUCGAAAAAUCCCCGGAGGAUCCUGGCGCGAUGUUCCAGCGGCCUUGGUUUGGGGAGGUCCGCGCGCUGCUCGAGGAGGGCAUCACGUCGGCGAACCGGGAGAGGUUUCACAUGAUCCUGGACAUGAUCGAGCUCGAUGAGUUCAAGGCCCACUACCUCGACUACCUCUGGCAAAAGACCUCACAGACGACGCACUACCACAAUACGAGCCACAUCAUCAGAUCAUCUCGUCGCGCGUACACCAUCGAGCCAUCUGAUCUAUCGAACCAUGGGCUACUUUAUCGAGAUAUCAACAUCACUGUGCCCGCAGCACAUAGUUUUCCCACGCUCGUGAAUUUUUUGGGAGGGGUGUCUCUGGAAUCAGUGACGCUGAGUGGUGACAGGAGCAGCUUAGGCCCCAACUUCUUGGACUGUGUGAGAGCACUGGGUGAAAGCACUAUACAAUGCGAUACGCCAUUUAACCUGAAAACCAUGCGUGUUGACAUGAAAGCGUUGGGAUCGUUCGCGACGCUGCUCACGUUGGGUCUUGUCCAGACCAUCGACCAUCUCAUCUUGGAGGAGUCCGGGCGUCAUCUGGGGUCACCUUACGGGGGGUACAGCCCGGAGUACCCCGAUACCUUCUCGGGGUGGUCGAUCUGUAUUCUCUCCUUGAAUGAACCUUUUCUUACCUGCUUGGCCGACUUCAACAGCGAGAGCGUGUUCGCGUCGGUGGAGCAGCUCCGGUACUCAGGGGCCUUCGAUGACCGCCUGUGCGACGAGGUCGCGCGCAUGCCCUCGGUCUCCGAGGUCAGCUUCAAAGUCAUAAGAAGUGAGGACUUCAAGGGGGUCGCGAGGAUCGCUGGCCUCGAGCACGUCCGCCAGCUCUACAUCGACCCGCAGCAUAUCGAGGAGACCUCGAGCCUCUGGGAGCAACACCCAGUGCUUGGCCCGAAGCUGAGGUGGACGGCGGCGGAGGAAGCGGACACGUGA